AUGAUUUUCGACGCAGAGUGUUCGCCUGCGCGUGAUCCUGCAGAACUGAAGCCGAAGCUUUGUGAGCAGUUUGGUAUCUGCGUGUGUGGUGCUGGUGGUAAUGGCAGAAGCGCGCUGGAGUUUCAGAGGCGAUUUGCUGCUUUGUUGCGACCGUACUUCACAGCGCCCCGCAAGCGCAAGGGCCAAACGCUGUCCGCGGAAUUGAUAGCCCGCCGAGCGCAGAUUCUAAGCAACAAACGCAUGCUGACACAAGGCUUUCUGGUUGCUAGGCUUUCUGCCAGGCAGGGCGGCGGCAUGGCGGAGGGCCUUAGUGCAGCUGCCGCGCAGUCCAGCUCUUGGGGCAGGGUCGCCCAAAGAGCAGCCGUCAGCAUGCUUUGCGACAAAGAUCCUGCUUCCACGGAGAUGUGGUUGCACCUUGGCCACCUGAACUUUCGCAACUGGUUUUUUGCUGGGCUGCUGUUGAAGAAGGCCGGCGCAGAUCCGGCACCAGGAGCUGCCGGCAAGCAGUUCAUUCGGCUGGAGGUGUCGGCAGAGGCACAGUUUCAGUGGUGCAUUCCAUUCUUCCAGCAACUGCAAUUUCAGCUUCCGUGUUUCCUUCAGCUGUACCAGAUUGUCAGCAAUGAUGACAUCCUGACCGAUCGCCAGAUGACGCCAAACUGGGUGCUUGUGUCCGAGUUCGGUGCUACGCCGGAGUUGCGAGUGUGGAAAGGUGAGGAUGAGGAGGCGCAAGACAGGGCCAAGAAAAAGUCGAAGUCUAAGUCUACGUCUUCCAAACGUCAAACAGGUGCUUCCUCGAAAGCUCCUGCUGCCAAGCGAAGACGCACAAGCGACGGCGGCAGGCCGGAGCUUCACGAUGGCGACCAAGCAGGCGGUGGGCCAGAAGAGCAAGAGUCUGAAGAUGACCUGCUUGCUUUACUUUUGGGUGAGGAGGCUGAGGAGGAGGAGAAGCCUGGUGAUGGGGACGAUGAUGAGGUGUUGCCCACAGAGUCAGAGGCGUCUGUGCUGUGCGACGCUGAUGAUGAGGACGAAGACGAUGACGGGGAAGACGGCCCACAGGAGGAGGCGGAGCUUGAGCACAGGCAUGACCAUGCAGCUGCCUCGGAAGUGGAUGUUCAGCCGGAGCCGUCUUCAGGCGCAAGCGCCAGCAGUGUGCCGCCGGAGAGGCCAUCUGCCUCAUCUGCCAGACGUGAUGUAGGCUCUGUGGAUGCAGCGGCCCGGGCCCAUGCAUCUCGCCGCAAGAUGUUCAAGGAUGUGGCGGUGCCAUUCGACAACCACGGCGAGCUUCGCUACAACAUCAUGAGCGAAUCCAUCGUGGCUAUCUGCAAAGUUCACGGGGGUGCUUGCAAACGCACGCGGACAGUCAGGCCUGCGGCCAAGGACAGUCUGACGAAUUGUGGACAGGGGCGGCCUGUGGGGUUGUUGGCGGCCUGGCUCUCGCAAUCGCAUCAACACGCCAGUUCGGAAGCACACCGAGACGCAAUUCUCUAUAUCACCUCUGCUGCAAGGCGUGCUGCGAGGAGGGCGUUUGCUGCAGUGCCCGAUGCUAGCGACAUCCUUGACAUGGAGCGUGACCGCACUGCUGGCGAGGGGGAGGA